UCUGCCAUGUCGGAGCUGGCCCUGGAGGAGCUCUCUGCCAUAGCCGCUAUUUACUCUGGGAAGGAUGAAUGCGAAGUGCUGCAAGUGUCAGAGACAGAGGGGAUCUCAUUUAGGAUUCAAACCCAUGUGGAAGGACCUCUGGGCACAGAUGUAUUGCUGCAGCUGCUGUUUCAUUUACCCAUCAGUUAUCCGACAAGCCUGCCGAAUAUCUCUGUUAACUCUGAGCAGCUUACAAGGACACAGUGUAUGGCUGUGAGAGGGAGAUUACUUGAGGAAGCAGAGAGACAUUUUUCACAACUCAUGGUACAUGAGCUGAUUCUCUGGAUACAGCAGAACCUUAAGCAUGUGGUCGAGCAAGCUGGAACCUCGGUCUGUAGCUCUGGGAAAAGUACUCUGUCAGCAGCCACAGCGGAGGAGGAUGGCAUUUGGACUGUCCUUUUGCAUUUAGAUCAUAUGAGAGCUAAAAGAAAAUAUGUCAAAACAGUGGAAAAAUGGUGUGCAGAUCUAAAGCUGACUGGAAGACUGAUGCUCAUGGGCAAGCUGAUUCUGAUUCUUCUUCAAGGAGACCGAAGGAGUGUUAAGGAAUACAUUGUUCUUCAAAAAACUAGCAAAGUGGACGUGGAUUCAAGCGGAAAGAAGUGUAAAGAGAAAAUGAUUAGUGUACUCUCUGAAACAAAAGCUCAGGCAGAACACAGAAGGUUUCAGGCAUUUGAAGUCAAAGAGUAUUCGACGCUGGAUGAGCUACACAAUGAAUUUGUGGCAGCGGGACUUGCAGAAACGUUCAAAUUCUACCAAUGGGCUAGUAGCACAGGGCAAAACCACUGUUGUGGGAAUGGACUUUUGCUCGCACAACAGGGGAAAAGAUGUUGCGUGUUCCACAUUUUGACAGCUAGCAUGAUCCAGUUGUGUCAAAGCCCCAAGAUUAGAAGCCUACUGGUAGCUUUUGAGUCUUGGCAAGAGAGAUCUGGACCAGAGCCUGUUCAAGAUAAAUGUAUUCAACUGUACUAGAUUUUCGAAAGUUGCCAGGAUGAUGAUGUCUGAGAUAUGAUGCUUGUUAUAUCUCCCACAGUUCUUUGGGGAAAAGCUAAAGUGACUUAACUGUUUUUUAUUUAGCUGUAUUUUUUAACUUUAUUAAAUCUCUUAAUUACAAAAAAUUAAUCAAAUUCAUAGCAUUCAUAAAAUUGCACAAUAAAUGUAAAAAAAAGUGCUAAAGCAUAACAAACAAAAAACAAAGCAGUGUAUCCCAUCACUGGGACCAUUGGAUAUAUGUCAAAUCAUUUAUUCUUUCAAGAGCUUCUGUCCUCUUUCCAAAAUGGCAAUGAAUCUUGUGAAGGCUCAAAACCUUUUCCUUUUAUUAAUACAUACUCAAUAAAUGGUCCCCAAAAAUAAAAAUUACUCUUAUUUAUCAGACUUUUUGUCUUUAAUGUCAUUAAUAGCUAUAGCCCAAACUUCUCUGUACCAAUCACUCAACUGAUAAUCAUAUUUUACUUUCCAAUUCUUUGCUAUCAAUCUAACAUCUGUUAAUAAAUUUGAAAAUUAAUUCUUUAGUAUCCCAUCUCCACUGUUUUCUAUUGGAUAUCGACAAUAAUGCAAUUCCAGGACUAUUUAGCUGUAUUGUGUAUGCAUACCAUAAGUCACGCAAUACAUUUUUUCAACUUCUAUGGCACAACGUUUCUGCUCUCCUAAGUGUCUAUGUGUACACAUGCUUGCAGGGACACCACUUCAGUUUCCCAUUCACUUCAGUUUCAGGAUUCUGUCCCACCUCCUAUUUAUUAUCUGUUGGUGCCCAUCUGUAUGUGGGCCAUGUAAUUUAAAGCUUGAGAAUUUGCGGUGAAGCACUUCCUUCAGAAGCAUCUUGACAAAUACCUUUAGGAACAAUGUUGUCAGGGAGAAAAGAACUGAAAUGGAUUGUUCAUACCCUUGUCCUCAAAGUUUUGGUGUGACAUCUCAGGAGGCUCCACACUGUCUGUGAAAAGCUAAUGUCAGCCAAAGUCAGGUCAUAGCAAACUCUUUGAGCAAGAACUGACAAUUACAUACAGUAUUUAAAAUCUAAAAAUAUGUAUAAACACCAUUAUGAAGACAGAUGCUAUAUUAGUCACUCAGACAUCUUUGAAGCCUCAUUCAUAUUCAGUCCCCGGUGCUAUAAAUGGCAAGAGCUGCAGUUGAUGGAAGUCCUUGCUGACAUGUCCUAUUAGCAUGGCUAGAGACAGAAACAUAAUUCACGUUCUUUAGCCCAUAGACUGUGGCAUUUGUACAUUCAUAAAUGAUCCAUAAUGCAGAGACACUCAUACUAUGUUGCAACCACCUUAAAGCAUCGCUUCAUUCACCAAGCAAGGAGAGAUGAUUACUUGUUUCAAGGAGCUUGAUUAUCUGUUGGGUCCAGAGAAAACAACAGAUGCUUUGUGCAUCGAUCUUCUAUCACCCGCCUAAUUUGUUACUCACUGUUCUUAAAUGGUCUAAAUCGACAUAUCCAUUCAGCAUAAGAAAUGACUUUAGUUUUUCUGCUUAAUUUGACAUACUUAAAAAGAGCAGGAGGCUCUCAGACAUCUGGAGGAGAACAUCAAAGUGGAUGUCAACCUGAUUCUAUCAAAGCAAAUGCUCCUGACUUCCCAUCUAUCAGCCACUGACAUUAAAAAGCACAUGGACAUCUUGUGCUCAAGCAAAUAACUAAGAGGCUUUUCCUUUUUGAGCUAAGUUGAUGGCUAAUUUGCAUGUGUUGCAUGCAUCUUUCUACUAAGGAAACAGGCGAAACCUGUUGGUCUUAUUAGCCAGAAGACAGGAAAGGCAAAAAAAGCAUGACGUUAAAAUGAUAAAAUGUCAGGUUUGGCACUUUAAAGCUAAGCAAGUACCAACCAGGAAGGCAGUUGAAAUGGGAAGGAGUCAUUGGCUGUCCAACUUUCCCCAGCUUGCUGCCUUUCAGAUGCUUUGGAUAACAGUUCUUAGCUCCCGCUGGUAGCAUGGCUAAUUGUGAGGAAUUUUGUGCAUUGCACUUCAAAACAUCUGAAGGGUACCAGGAUGGGGAGGUAGCUUUACACUCAAGUCAGUGACAACAGCCAAGAUGUGAGAUUUCAGUUUGAUCCUAUUUGAAUGAUUCAUUUUCUUAAUAGUGUUCAAUUGUUGGCAUACAGGGGGCGAUGUUUAUUUGUUUACUGAAAUGUUAAUAAGGUACUCUGUAUCAGUGGAUCUCGGCAGGAUUCAAUCAGUACAACAAUUCAGUGAAAAAAACAUACAAAAAUACAUCCUGAAUUCAGUGUAUCAACAGUAAAUCAGAAUCUAAAGCUGCCGUGGAGACCAAAACGUUUGGGGAAGUGCAUUGUCACAUUUGUUAUUGGCUGCUUUAUCUUGUUUACAUGCUGGGUUUGGAGAGUUUUGGAGAGCAUUCAUUCAUUCAUUGGUUCAAGAUGGCCAUCCAUUCUUCCUUGUUAAAGAUGUUAAUUCAUUAUUAUUGUUUAAAAUGCUGAACCCUGGGAACUGGUUAGACUAAAAGUUCAGAUAACUGAACAAAAGGCUGAAUGUGCCCCAUCUCUGUGUUUUGAAAUGCAGGAGGCAAUGGCUGUUCUUUAUUUUAAGUAGGGGAGGUAAAUUGCCACUGAAUGCUGAAAGAACUCAAAAAUGCAAAUUUAGCCCUGAAAGGUGGAUGGGGUGCUGUGGUGGUGGUAACUGAAAUUAGCUGAUUUUGGAGGAUUGAAUUGGAUGCAGAAAAUCUAAUGGAAACUGAUUAUUUUCUUUUAAUGGAUAUAUGUAUAUAUAUAAUAUUCUUGUGAAAUGCUUGAUGGUAUAUCACACCAAAAUAAAGGAAAAAAUGGAGGAACAUUUCUAUGUUCAAUUGUGUUUAUUGAAACUGGGAUCUCCUAAUACAUAGAGAAGCCAGGUGUUGAAACUAAACCUGGGCAAUGGGCAUAAAGCAACUGAAGCACAAAAGCCAAGGUAUUAAAAAGCAAAAGAAACAAUCCUUACUAAAUCUAAAGCCCAGCAACACCAGUUACAUUUGAAAA